AUGCAUGAUCAUCGUCAUCAAGAUAUUGAACAGCUGCAUUUUCGUGACCGCCUCUGCAAAACACUCCUACCUCAUUUCUUGUUCUGGUGGCACAAGACAUGCAUGAAAAGUCAUAGACUUCCUCUCAAAACAUUGCUUUGAAUCCUCGUCUUUCCCCUGCUUGGUCUUUCCCAUCCUCGUGUCAAUCACCAUGAUACUACUACAAUCCAUCCUCGCAGCCAUCCCUCUACAUGCAACUCUCGCAAGUCCAAACCUCCAAAGCCGGCAAGAUGGUCUCGAAACAUUCAUCGCUCGAGAACAACCCAUCGCCCUCGCCGGUGCCCUUGCCAACAUUGGCGGUCUCAAUUCAUCUUGGGUUCAAGGUGCAAGCCCCGGCAUCGUAGUCGCAUCGCCAUCGACAGUGAACCCGGACUAUUUCUUCACAUGGACUCGUGACUCAGCACUGACAUAUACAAUGCUCAUCGACGAACUAAUCUUUGGCAACACCAGUCUCCGAAAGACCAUUGAAGACUACGCGACCGCGCAGGCGAUCUUACAAACCAUCGACAACCCGUCGGGCUCCCUGUGGCCGGUCGGUGACGGUCUCGGAGAACCCAAGUUCUACACCAACAUUACACCCUUUGAUGGCCCAUGGGGACGACCACAGCGUGAUGGUCCAGCAUUGCGAGCAACCACAUUCAUGAACUUGGCUCCGGUUCUAUUCAAUCUCAAUGAAACCGAUAUCUUUUUGAAAAUCUAUUGGCCGUUGAUUUUGAAUGAUCUCAACUAUGUCGGGCAAUAUUGGAAUCAGACCGGCUUCGAUCUAUGGGAAGAAGUCCGCGGCUCUUCAUUCUUCACCAUAUCAGCUCAACAUCGGGCACUCGCUCAGGGCGCAAUACUUGCCCAAAAACUCAACACGACAUGUGGCCCAUGCAAGCAAGCGUCUCAAGUACUGUGUUUCUUGCAAAGUAAUUUCUGGAAUGAGUCGGGCAAGUACCUGGUUGCCGACAUUAACGUCAACGAAUUGUCACGUAGCGGUAUCAACAGCGACCCAAUCCUGGCGAGUAUACAUGUCUUUGAUGCUAAUGCGACAUGUGACGCUGGAACUUUCCAACCAUGCAACUCGAAAAUGCUAGCAACCCACAAGAAAUUGGUCGACAGUUUCCGCAACCUGUCCUGGCCCGUGAACAAAAACGCAGGUCCGCGUGAUGCUAUCCUAAUAGGUAGAUACCCUGAAGAUACGUACUACGAUGGAGGGGCGUGGCCGUUAUGCACCUUUGCGUGUGCGGAGAUGCUCUAUGACGCUGUCGCUCAAUUCAAACGAUCCGGCACACUCAAUGUGGACAGCAUUAGUCUGUCGUUUUUCCAGGAUUUGAGCCCAAACAUCAAGUUGGGGGAGUACAAAGGCACACAGAUGGAUGGUAUUCUGACGAAUGUGACGAAUUAUGCUGAUGGAUUUGUCAGGGCCGUUCAGGCCCACCUCCCCACCAACGGCAGUAUAAGUGAACAAUUCAAUCACACGACCGGCAUGUCGACAUCAGCAUCUAAACUUACCUGGUCCUUUGCUUCAUUCAUCACCAUGGCUAGACGCCGCGCUUCACACUUCCCACCACCAUGGGGUGCCACCUCGAAAGUUGCAAAUACCAACCUCACAUCCUCUCAAUGUCGACCGUCUUCGUACAAUGGCACGGGCAAGUACGCUCCCGCCGCGGCUGCGGGAGCACCAAACAUCACCCUCCCGUGCAUGGUCGAGGUCUUGUUCGAAGUCAACGCGACGACGCAGUUUGGACAGAACAUCUACGUCGUGGGUAACGUGACGAGACUGGGUGGGAAGUUGAACGAUCCAAAAAGAGUGACCGUACCUCUUAGUGCGGCGAACUACACCUCGCAGAGACCAGAGUGGUACGUCGACAAGUGGCUGGUAGCUGGACAGACGGUGGCGUAUCAGUAUGUUUUGCAGAAUGGGGACGGUGGUGAAUUUGUGUUUGAGAACGGUCAUGAUGGUUCUCGAACAUUGGUUUUGCCAAAGUGUGGAGGAGGGAGGAUGACGACGAAUGAUGUAGCUACAUUUGGAUCUUGAUUAGCGUUGUCUACUAUGGAGUAAGUAUCAUGGAGUAUGAAAGAUAGAUAUGAGUAUGAUGGUCUAUCAGAAACAUUGAUGGUCUAUCUCGGUCAUCA